AAAUCGAAAAAUUACAAAAAGAUGAAGGAAAAGAAGAAAAAGAAGAGAAGUUCAUCGACGUCGUCAUCAACAAGAACAUGAAGCUGGGCCAGAAAGUCUUAAUACCCGUCAAACAGUUUCCCAAAGUAAGUAGUGCUGGAUUUGGGCUAGAGAUUUUCAGAUCAUAUUGUGCAACUGCAAACAAAGAAUAGUUUCUAUUCAGUUAGCCUCUGUGAUGUGUUUUCUAUUUUAAUUUUACUUCAAGACAACAAGCAGCUGACAGUUCAAGUAUUUAUUUUGAAACAAUGAAAAGCAAUGCCUGUAUAACUAAGUAAACAAACAAGUAAACAGUACAGUAACUACAAGAAGACAUGACAGAAUUGGUCCAUGAUCACAUUUUCUUCUCCAAACAUCUCAUUUACGUUGUUAUAACAUUACAGUACAAAUCAUACUUAAUUUUAUAAAACCCCUCCCAUUCUUCUGUUAGAUGAUGUCCCCUCCCCCUCCGAUCUGUCAGCAAAUGACCUUGGUCAAUGACGUGUGUUCACAUCUCCAUGUGCUUAUCACUCUUAAUGUUCCCUUGUGCUUAUGAUAUUCCCUUAUGCUUAUGAUAUUCCCUUCUGCUUUCCUGUUGAUCAUAAGACAAUGACUCUCUACUGAUGCAUGUUUAAGGGUGCUAUUUCCUGCAGAGAUGUUCUUCUAUCUAAUUGCUUUUGGCACCUUGCAUGUUUUCAUUGAAAAAACUAGGUCUGUCGAGGACAAAGCAGAGAUUAUUUUUUGUUCCUUCUAAAUAAAGAGAAAAAGUCUAACAAUAGGCAAUACAUAGCGAAAGAAAAGAGAGAGAGAAAGAGAGAGAGAGAGAGAGAGAGAGAGAGAGAGAAUGAGAGAGAGAGCAAGAAAGAGAGAGAGAAAGAGAGACACCUGCACUUCCCUUUUUUUUCGCUCCAGCAAAUAGAAACAGAGCCAUGUGCAUACUGCGCCACACACACACACACACACACACACACACACACACACACACACACACACACACACACACACACACACACACACACACACACACACACACACACACACACACACACACACACACACACACACACACACACACACACACACACACACACACACACCUCUCAGAGUGACUUCCAUGUGAGGAUGAAACAGCCCAUGCUGUAUGAGUGAUAAUGCUGUGCUCCUCUAGCCAUGUGUUGAGAGCCCCUCAACCCUCCGCUCUGAGACAAAGCUCCCAGCAUCAGUAUCAACGUUUAAUGGAGCCACACGAAAGCUGCAUGACAGCCAGCUCCCACCGGGACCGUAACAGGGAGGAUAGUAGGGUGGCGGAGAGGCUAGCGUAAACGUGAGAAGCCUCUCUCAGGUGAUGAUGAUGACUACACUCAGCUUUUCAUCUCAGUCCUCUCUGAGAGUGGCUGUAGAUGGAUGACCUGGCUUUCGGAGGACAGAAAGUCUGUGUUGGCACCCUAUUCCAUAUUUAGUGCACUACUUUUGUCGGUGCAAGAUUUAUGUCUUCUAGAUAACCUGGUGAGAGCUACAUUUUGUCCCUUUCUAAAACAAUCACAAUGCCAUUUGUAAUAAAGGGAGAUGUAAUGUCAUCUAGAAAAACGUUGAUGUCACAUAGGAGUGCAGCUAAACACAUUUGCUUUGACAGCUUUGAUAAGGGGCCUCGCUAAUACGCUGUUUAGAGCCUCAACAAGCCACCGAAGGAAGACAAAUUCAAUUUGUACAAUCUGACAGGUAGCAAUGGGCUAGAGUGAUCGCUGUGACUCCAAUGGGUUUUCUCCCUGACACACAAACAUCACCUUUUGGCUUUCGCCACUGAAGUGGCUCGCUGCGUUUCCCAAAGCGACCGUUUAGACUCAUGUUCAGAAGGCUUAAAUCCAUCUUCAAAAAACAUGGCUUUUCUAUCAUAAUAUGAAACAGGUAAGGACACUAUAGGGAAUGUUCCAGAUGUAUGGUUUUCUAGGAAUUUGUUUAUUAUACUUUAGCUAAGAAAUUAAAGACCUAACACUCUUAAAUUGGGCUGCUGGUUAAAAACUAGGUUAACCUGGAUUAUCAUAUUCACUUAUCAGCACAGUUCAUUGUCAGCCUAGUGGGUACUCCUGCAAUGAUGGAGAAUGGGUUAUACAUGUACAGUGGUUCAUCAAUUAAAAGUUUAGAGCUUAUGCCACGACUGUUUGUGGUAGAUUGUGGCAGAUUUUGGUAAAUUGCGUCAUUCUGUCAUUGCACAACACUAUCACAAAGGGGAGUUAGAACGCUGAUCUAUCUGUAGUCUAAACUGGGGCACAAAUUGACUAUCUUUUCGUAAAUUAAUGGAGGUGUGAAUGUUUCAGUCCGAGAGUCUCUCUUCUCUGGCACUAGAGUCCUGCAUCAGGCAAAAAACAUGUUUGCUGGCGGGUGGUCCCGGAGUUGAGGGAGAACUUGUCUAAAUACAAUUGCGCAAUUACACUUGACAUGUGUACUGACGAUUUUCGAAAAAUAGACACGGUGGGCUUUUGGUUUCUCUCCCUCUAAAAACAGAAAUAAAUAAUAACAAACAGGCUUUAUUUACCACAGUGUGAAAGAGUGAUAGCCCCUCUAUAUAAAGUGAGUUUCUGAAACACGGAGUUCUUCUUUGCUGAUGUGAAGAAUAAACUGAAUGAAAGAGAGUCCAGCGAGGAUAGGGAGGGGAAAAAGGUUUCCAUAUUUUCAAGACCUGAGCUACUUCAUAUAUUCAUAAAAUGUACUAGUUUAGUAGGCUAUUUCGCAGCAUUAAGCUAUUUUUGUCAGCAUAAAGCUGAGUGACUCACUCAUUCGUGGCUUUGGAUCAAACAAAGUACCAACAUUCUUUCUGAUAGUCUUUAAUAAAUAUUUUUUUGGGACCAAGUUAAUCUGCUCAUGUUGUGUGUGUUGAAUUAUUUGUGACAUUGUGGUUACAAUGAAGAAUGUAAACGAAAAUAAAUCAAAUAAAUCCUAUUCAUAAUGAUUAAUCAGAUGCGUGUUGCAAGCUCGUAAUUUUUCCUUAUUUAAUUUGUUUGUAAGAUUUUAUUUUAUAUUUUUAGACAAAACAAAACAUACACAUACAAACGACAACUACAUCACACCUGCCCAGACCCACAUGCUCACACCCCCAUCUCCAGCGCCCGCAUCACUCUCCGCCACAUGGCCUCAAACUGCACCAUUUUGUUUCUCUCCGUCGCCCACAUGCACUUUCAACAUUUGGAUAAUAAAGUGUUUAAAGACUGACAUUGGUUGAUUUUCAGUUUUUAAGUAUACGUUUUUUCAAGAUGAUUGACGAGAAAAGUAUCGUCCAACCCAUAGGGUAUCUCACUGCACCAUAAUAUGCAAUGUCUUGAAAUAUGCAGACAGACGGAUUAAAAGUUAAUUUGCAUUGUAAUACAGUGGGGGAAAAAAGUAUUUAGUCAGCCACCAAUUGUGCAAGUUCUCCCACUUAAAAAGAUGAGAGAGGACUGUAAUUUUCAUCAUAGGUACACGUCAACUAUGACAGACAAAAUGAGAUAAUUCUUUCCAGAAAAUCACAUUGUAGGAUUUUUAAUGAAUUUAUUUGCAAAUUAUGGUGGAAAAUAAGUAUUUGGUCAAUAACAAAAGUUUCUCAAUACUUUGUUAUAUACCCUUUGUUGGCAAUGACACAGGUCAAACGUUUUCUGUAAGUCUUCACAAGGUUUUCACACACUGUUGCUGGUAUUUUGGCCCAUUCCUCCAUGCAGAUCUCCUCUAGAGCAGUGAUGUUUUGGGGCUGUCGCUGGGCAACACAGGACUUUCAACUCCCUCCAAAGAUUUUCUAUGGGGUUGAGAUCUGGAGACUGGCUAGGCCACUCCAGGACCUUGAAAUGCUUCUUACGAAGCCACUCCUUCGUUGCCCGGGCGGUGUGUUUGGGAUCAUUGUCAUGCUGAAAGACCCAGCCACGUUUCAUCUUCAAUGCCCUUGCUGAUGGAAUGAGGUUUUCACUCAAAAUCUCACGAUACAUGGCCCCAUUCAUUCUUUCCUUUACACGGAUCAGUCGUCCUGGUCCCUUUGCAGAAAAACAGCCCCAAAGCAUGAUAUUUCCACCCCCAUGCUUCACAGUAGGUAUGGUGUUCUUUGGAUGCAACUCAGCAUUAUUUGUCCUCCAAACACGACGAGUUGAGUUUUUACCAAAAAGUUAUAUUUUGGUUUCAUCUGACCAUAUGACAUUCUCCCAAUCCUCUUCUGGAUCAUCCAAAUGCACUCUAGCAAACUUCAGACGGGCCUGGACAUGUACUGGCUUAAGCAGGGGGACACGUCUGGCACUGCAGGAUUUGAGUCCCUGGCGGCGUAGUGUGUUACUGAUGGUAGGCUUUGUUACUUUGGUCCCAGCUCUCUGCAGGUCAUUCACUAGGUCCCCCCGUGUGGUUCUGGGAUUUUUGCUCACCGUUCUUGUGAUCAUUUUGACCCCACGGGGUGAGAUCUUGCGUGGAGCCCCAGAUCGAGGGAGAUUAUCAGUGGUUUUGUAUGUCUUCCAUUUCCUAAUAAUUGCUCCCACAGUUGAUUUCUUCAAACCAAGCUGCUUACCUAUUGCAGAUUAAGUCUUCCCAGCCUGGUGCAGGUCUACAAUUAUGUUUCUGGUGUCCUUUGACAGCUCGUUGGUCUUGGCCAUAGUGGAGUUUGGAGUGUGACUGUUUGAGGUUGUGGACAGGUGUCUUUUAUACUGAUAACAAGUUCAAACAGGUGCCAUUAAUACAGGUAACGAGUGGAGGACAGAGGAGCCUCUUAAAGAAGAAGUUACAGUUGACGUGUACCUAUGAUGAAAAUGACAGGCCUCUCUCAUCUUUUUAAUUGGGAGAACUUGCACAAUUGGUGGCUGACUAAAUACUGUUUUUUCCCCACUGUACUUCUGACAGCCACAUUUCUAACACAACCCAUAACUUUUGGACUUUAUUACAUUCCCAGAAGGCAUGGGUUAUUAUAACCUAAUGAAAAAUGAACCUGGUAAUCGAAUUUCAUUUACUGCAGGCCUAAGAGCUGUGGGUUUAACAUUCUGAAUGAAUGAUUAUAUUGAAGAUAGAAGCCUCCUCUUAUUGAGUUCCGAGAGCCGAUCCGUUACCCAACAAAAUAUUAUCUAUUUAUUUAGCCUAAUUGUGUUUAUGACUACAGACAGUGGGCUAAUAUUCCUAUUUUCCUGCAUUAAUUAAUUUGUCUGCAUGUCUAUUCAACAUUUGGCUAAAAAGAAACCAUGCCAUGAAUUAAGAACAUAUAUAUAUAUUUAUUUUUUCACCAUGCAAUGCGGCACAUUGAUAACUCAAAUUGCUUUAAAGAACCUUCUAAUAUUAGACAACAAAUAAAUAUACUUAAACAAUUACUUCAAAAACAGUCCAUUCAUCACUGGAUUUCUUCAAAUUGCUGUGCAGGAAAAGGAUCUCAUCCACUGUGCCUGGUCUCAGGCUCGCAGCUGGCUUCUCUCUGAAACCACACAUCCAUCUGAAGGUGAUGCUUUAUCCUUGGGAACCACACAAUUACCAGGUGGACAGUAUGCCUCUUGAAGCGAUAGAGGAAAUCAACAAGAUCCACAAGUAUUCUUUCACAAUAGCUGGCCUUAUGUUAUCUGCAGUUUUGAGCCGCACUGUCCCACUCAGUGGUGGAUAACAUCCACUCUUCGUUUAUGUAAUGGGCUGUAAGGCACAAGUAUCCUAUUUUUCAAAAAUCGUCAGUCCACAUGUCAAGUGUAAUUGCGGCAUUGUAUUUACUCAAGUUCUCGUUCAACUCCUGGACCACCCGCCAGCUGAUUUUUUUUUGCCUGAUGCAGGACUCUAGUGUGAUAGGAGAGAGGCUGACUGAAACAUUCACACCUCCAUUAAUUUACAAAAGUAUGGUCUAAUAGCUCGGCUAGGUGUGAAAAAUCCCCCAAUUUGUGCCACAGUUUAGACUACCGAUAGAUGCUGCGGUCAGUCAGAGUUGAGUCCCAUUGUAAAGUGUAGCCUAAUGGCCAAAAAAGGGCAAACUUGCAAUGUAUUCGAAGCUUAAGUAGUCUAAAGUUUUACAUUUCUAACUCAAUAUCACAGGCCAGAUAUGCUCUGACGAAAAAUGCAUCAACCCCUACAAAUAUAUUAAUUUAUUAUAAUCCACAUAAUCAUUCAAACGAAAUUAGCUGUAGUGAGAGGAGAGACUGCAUGCUAAAGACAAUCAGAAAUAAUGUGUCUUUAACCCUGCAUUAUAAUAUAACUUAUUUUGAACGAAAGCCAGGAAUGAGUGAGUCACUCAGCCCUAUGCUGUUCCUGCUUCUGUUGCCUAUUUGAGUGUUUGUUUAAUAUCCUACUGAUUCUAUGAUCACCAAGCCUCAUGCAACCACAAAAUGUUGGAUAAAGCAAUUUCACAAAUCCGGCUGUUUUUAAACAUUGCUAUGCUGUAUUAAAGGCUUUACACUUUGUUUUUCAUUAGAACAAACUCUGGUAUUACUUAUACUUUAUUUAGUAUUGUUUACACUGUUCCAAAUUGACAGAUACAUUAUAUUGUAAUCUAACAGCACCUGUUUGUCAUGCAGCAGUAUCUCUUGCGCUUUUGACAAUGAUUUUACAUGAGGCCUGAUUCACAUGAUAUGCCUAAAAUACUGAUACCACUAGGCUAAUAAAUAAUCACAUUUUUCCUUUCGAUUAUUUAAUGAACCUAUAUCAUGUUAUUUGAAGUUAUCCCUUUGGAGCACAUGCAAAAGCGAUUUGGAGUUGUUAAACAGGAGUGACAAAAUGUAUUACAAUUGAAUUUAAAUUGACUGAAUGAUGAGGAUGAAGAAGAGAGUGAUUGAAUUUAGAACAAUAGUGUAAGAAUUGCUCUUCCUCUAUCCCGCGGGCACACAAAAAAAAAGACACUUUUUUUGUUUCUACUUCAUCCGAAGAAGCUGUAACUGGACCGUAGCUUAUUACUUACUAAAACUGUUGUUACACUGUAAGGCUUUUAUUCUAAGAUGAACGAAAAUGGUCUGUUAUAUUCCAUUAUAUUCUUAAAAUAUAUGUGUUGACUGAAUAUAUGCAAGUGAUGUUAACAAGUUAAAUUAACAAGUUGAUGGCGAAGCCGUAAAGCCUCAGCUGCUAAUCACAAAAAAAAAAGGUUUCACGUAUUUUCAAUACCUGAGCUAUUUAAUGUAGGUGUUUUAUUUAUUACAUUUACUUGUGGAAUGUUACCGACUAGAUAACAACAAUAUAAAUAAUAAUCUGGUGGCAUUGGUAGAGAGUCAGGCGGAGAAUGGAGUGAAAGUGCACUGUACUGUAAGUACGCAACAACGCUGUGGACAAAGUGUAAAUAGUUUAGCAGCCUUUCCAAUAAAUUGGAAUACAAAAAAUGCCAUCCAACCUUGAUGGGCUAUCAGCAGGACGAUAGACUCUUGCCGAGUUUAGGGACUUUAAAUGUAUUAAUGUCUGUUUGCAAGGCAUGUCACUUCACCCAUCUCUUUGCAUAGCCCACCACGUGCACUGUUUUCUAACCACAUCUGGAUGGAUCCAUGACGAAUUACUAUGGGAAUAAAUAUCACUGAAUGACAGAAAUAUCUGAAUAUAGUAGGCUAAUGCAAUUGAAGCCAACAUAUUGUUGCUUACUGAAACUUACAAAGUCACCCAAAGUCAUCCAAUUGUUAUAAUAGGAUUUGAAGCAAUAGCCUACCCACGUGUGGUCAACUAUUUCAGGACCUUUUUACGCAGCUUUGAGACAAGCAUGGGGACUGGUCUUGAUAAAUCAAUCAGAUUUGUAUUUUUACUGAAUCUCCAUUUGGGUAUUGGUUAGCCUACAAUUAGGGUGUGGAAAUGUUAGGAUUAUUUUGCUCUUCACUCCUAGGCCUAAUCCCGACCAGUCACGUUGUACAGCGCCAUAUUUUCCUAACGGAAACCCUGAGGCUUACAUAGGCUACUGUAAAAUGCAUUUUUGUUUUUCUUGGAACAGAAACACCAUAAUAUUAAUCAAUUUAAUUAAGCUACAUUUCUAACAGUAUAAACAGCACAACAAAUACAAUAAUAAUUUACAAACAAAUUAUAAUCAAUCCUAUAUAGUUCUAACAAAAAAAGUUUAUAGUACAGCCAAUAUUAAAAACAGUCAAAUGCAUUCGUGAAUUCAAUCGCUUUAGCCGAAAUGUUGCGGUUUAUUCAUUGUUUAAUUAUUCAAGGCUCCCUUUGUUAUUUUGUUUUAUAACUGAAAUGCUUGACUGUAUUUAAAGACAUGGAUGACUUGUAUACUGUUUGAUGACAUGCACAAAUGAAUGAAUGAUGGAUUGAUAUGCUGUAUAUUGAACUAAGCCUUUAUGCCAAUAAGUAAGUUACGCUAAAACAGCUACAGUAAACAAGACUCUUAGGCCUACAGCCCAUGACAUUUCAAUAACAUAGCUUCUCAAAGAUGCCCUCUUGUGGUCGAACUAUCAUUAAUGGCAACAGUGGCUGACAGUAAAAUACUAUGAAGUCAUGCACUUCAACAUGCCAUACCAUUCCGCAGCACCCCGCAAGCUGUGCUGCUGUAUGACGCAACUUUUAAAGGAAGAAUCACUGUAUGCUUGCUAUUAUACCAAUUUGCAACUGGAAAACAGAGCAUCUGGAAAACAGAGUAAUCAUUUGUAGUUGUGAUACAGUAUUAGUGUUACUGUGAGAUUGGUAUUCAAUAAAUAAGUUGUUUCAUCUAACAUGUCCAAGCAGGAGACUAUGGUUAGAAAUAAUAGGGAAAUACCUUUUAGGGUGAUCUGGGAUCAUACGAAGAAGGAAUAGGCUAACUGUACAUUUCCUUGCAUUUGUUUAUAUUUUGUUUGUUCAUUUACUGUGUAACCGGUAUAAAUCAAUCUCUUAACAACUGAACAUAUCACACCCACAGGCGUGAAAUACUGUCCUGUUUUUCAUGCCCAUAUACGUGCACCCCAUUAUAAAUAUUUUUGUAUAAGUCACCCCAGGCCAUUAGAAAGGUGUAAGGAGCCCCACUGGUUAAUUUCUAGUUUAGGCUGUGUUUCUGUCUCUCUGUUUAUCUGUCUCCUCUGUGUCUCUGUGUCUGUGUCUCUAUAUCUCUGUAUCUCUGUUUGUCUCUGUCUGUGUCUCUGUCUCUUUGUGUCUGUCUCUGUGUGUCUGUCUCUCCUCUCUCCUGUGUGUCUCUGUAUCUCUGUCUCUCCCCUCCUCUGUGUCUCUCUGUGUAUCUUUGUCUCUCCCCUCCUCUGUGUCUCACUGUAUCUCUGUCUCUCCCCUCCUCUGUGUCUCUGUCUCUGUGUCUCUCCUCUGUGUCUCUCUGUGCGUCUGUCUCUCCCCUCCUCUGUGUCUCUCAGAAACGGACGCAGUGAUUUAUUCUUCUACUGUUGGCUCUGUCUGUCCUGCUGUCUUCAGCAGAAUCGCUGCACGCUGGCUUUUAUCUGAACACACCUCUCCUCUCCUCUCGCAGCGCAACACACACACACACACACACACACACACACACACACACACACACACACACACACACAGACACACACACCUCCUCUCCAGCACAGCACAGGCUAGCAGUACAAUAAUGCAUUCAGGAAAUGAUGAAAAGAUGUUAGAUGUUGGUCCGCCCCACCCCCCUGGGUAGCUGUGAUUAAUCAUAGAUCUGUUCCUACUGGUUAGUGUCCUCUGACUUUUUCAUCAUCACAGAACCUGCCAUCUCUCUACCUGCUUUCUCCAUCCCCUGCCAGUUUCCAAAGAGGUUCUUUGGCUGUCCCCAUAGGAGAACCCUUUUUGGUUCCAGCUAGAACUCUUUUGGGUUCAUUGUAGAACUCUCUGUGGAAAGGGUUCUACAUGGAACCCAAAAGAGUUCUACCUGGAACUGAAAAGGUUUUACCUGGAACCAAAAAGGGUUCUACUAUGGGGACAGCCGAAGAACCCUUUUAGGUUCUAGAUAGCACCUUCUUUUCUAAGAGUGUAGUGCGCUCCUAGUUUGUGUGUGUGUGUGUGUGUGUGUGUGUGUGUGUGUGUGUGUGUGUGUGCGAGCGCGUGUGCGCAUAUGUGUGCUUGCCUGCAUGUGUGUGUAACCAAAAUCAAAGCAGUGGUUCUAGCCAACACAUGAUUAAGAGGCGACUGUUCAGCUCUCAUGUGGGCCAUCACUAUCAGUGGCAGGCAGCACAGUCCCCUCCUAGUCCCCAUCCAGGGACAGUAAGGGACCCACCCUGCAGCAGGUUAGGACUGGGUUCAGAUUACUGGUGUUGUUGGGGGAAAUGGAUUAGAGAUAUAAAAAGCAGAAAGCUCUGUAAAUGACCACAGGCCCCAGUCAGACUAUGGUUGCGUCUCAUUACAUCCUUUUCCUUUUAUAGUGCUCUACUUUAUGGUCAAAAUUAGUGCACUAUAAAGGGAAUAUGGGUGCAUCCCAUAGCACAGCACCAAAACAGAAUGCAAUAUGGCGUGAAAUAAUGGCGCCGGAGGGGAUGGCUGCUGUUUUACGGGCUCCUAAACAACUGAGCUAUUUUGUUUGGGACACGAAUCCAGAUGCUUAUAAGAAAUACCGAUAUGCCCUCAGACGAACCAUCAAACAGGCAAAGCGUCAAUACAGGACUGAGAUUAAAUCUUACUACACCGGCUCUGAUGCUCGUCGGAUGUGGCAGGGCUUGCAAACUAUUACGGACUACAAAGAGAAACCCAGCCGCCAGCUGCCCAGUGACGCGAGCCUACCAGACGAGCGAAAUGCCUUUUAUGCUUGCUUCGAGGAAAGCAACACUGAAGCAUGCAUGAGAGCACCAGCUGUUCCGGAUGACUUUGUGAUCACACUCUCUGUAGCCGAUGUGAGCAAGACCUUUAAAAAGGUCAACAUUCGCAAGGCCGCGGGGCAAGACGGAUUACCAGGGCAUGUACUCAGAGAAUGCGCGGACCAACUGGCAAGUGUCUUCACUGACAUUUUCAACCUCUCGUUGACGGAGUCUGUAAUACCUACAUCUUUCAAGCAGACCACCAUAGUCCCUGUGCCCAGGAAUGCGAAGGUAACCUGCCUAAAUGACUGCCGCCCCGUAGCACUCACGUCGGUAGCAAUGAAGUGCUUUGAAAGGCUGGUCGUGGCUCACAUCAACACCAUCAUCCCGGAAACCCUAGACCCACUCCAAUUCGCAUACCGCCCCAACAGAUCCACAGAUGACGCAAUCUCAAUCGCACUCCACGCUGCCCUUUCCCACCUGGACAAAAGCAACACCUAUGUGAGAAUGCUGUUCAUUGACUACAGCUCAGCGUUCAACACCAUAGUGCCCACAAAGCUCAUCACUAAGCUAAGGACCCUGGGACUAAACACCUCCCCCUGCAACUGGAUCCUGGACUUCCUGGUGGUAAGUAGGCAACAACACAUAUGCCACGCUGAUCCUCAACACUGGGGCCCCUCAGGGGUGCAUGCUUAGUGUCCUUCUGUACUCCAACACCAUUAUUAAGUUUGCUGAUGACACAACAGUGGUAGGCCUGAUCAUCGACAACGAUGAGACAGUCUAUAGGGAGGAGGUCAGAGACCUGGCAGUGUGGUGACAGGACAACAACCUCUCCCUCAAUGUGAGCAAGACAAAGGAUAUGAUUGUGGACUACAGGAAAAGGAGGGCCGAACUGUCCUCCAUUAACAUCGACGGGGCUGUAGUGGAGCGGGCCGAGAGUUUCAAGUUCCUUGGUGUCCACAUCACCAACAAACUAUCAUGGUCCAAAUACACCAAGACAGUCAUGAAGAGGGCACAACAACGUAUUUUCCCCCUCAGGAGACUGAAAAGAUUUGGCAUGGGUCCCCAGAUACUCAAAAGGUUCUACAGCUGCACCAUCGAGAGCAUCCUUACCGGUUGCAUCACCACCUGAUAUGGCAACUGCUCGGCAUCCGACAAUAAGGCGCUAUAGAGGGUAGUGCGUAUGGCCCAAUAAAUCACUGGGGCCAAGCUUCCUGCCAUCCAGGACCUAUAUACUAGGCGGUGUCAGAGGAAGGCACAACAAAUUUUCAAAGACUCCAGUCACCCAAGUCAUAGACUGUUCUCUCUGCUACUGCACGGCAAGCGGUACCGGAGCGCCAAGUCUAGGUCCAAAAGGCUCCUUAACAGCUUCUACCCCCAAGCCAUAAGACUGCUGAACAAUUAAUCAAAUGGCCACCUGGACUAUUUACAUUGACCCCCCCCCACACACACACACACAUUGUUUUUACACUGCUGCUACUCUCUGUUUAUUAUCUAUGCAUAGUCACUUUACCCCUACCUACAUGUACAAGUUACCUUGACUACCUGUACCCCCGCACAUUGACUCCUUACCGGUACCCCCUGUAAAUAGCCUCUUUGUAAUUUUAUUGUGUUGUUUUUUUAUUUUAUUUUUUUACUUUAAAAAAUAUUUUCUUAACUCUAUUUCUUGAACUGCAUUGUUAGUUAAGGGCUUGUAAGUAAGCAUGUGACAAAUACAAUUUGAUUUGAUGUGCUGCCUGACUGACUGACUGUCAUCCCUCCUGUUAUUUGUCUGAAUAAAAUGACAAAGAAAACGUAAUGUAAAUCUAAAAACAAUAAACUUCUAAAUAAUUUUCUCAUGCUUGACCAUUGAUUACAAUUCAUUAUGUAUUCCACCUUGAAUAUAACAGGUGCAAACUUUCCCACCAGUUCAAACUCAAACUGAUGUAAACCUGGCUAUUAGUCAAGAUAAUGGACUUCCCGAUACCAUUAGCACCUUUUUAUGUAGCCUCACCAUCUGUAGACAUCAUCCUAUGUACAAUAGUAAUGAGUGGAAUUUAACUGGUGUUAGCAUACAUUACCAGUCAAAAGUUUGGACACACCUACUCAUUCAAGGGUUUUUCUUUAUUUUUUACUAUUUUCUACAUUGUAGAAUAAUAGUGAAGACUUCAAACUACGAAAUAACACAUAUGGAAUCAUGUAGUAACCAAAAAAGUGUUAAACAAAUCAAAAUAUAUUUUAUAUUUGAGAUUCUUCAAAUAGCCACCCUUUGCCUUGAUGACAGCUUUGCACACUCUUGGUAUUCUCUCAACCAGCUUCACCUGGAAUGCUUUUCCAACAGUCUUGAAGGAUUCCCACAUAUGCUGAGCACUUGUUGACUGCAUUUCCUUCACUCUGUCGUCCGACUCAUCCCAAACCAUCUCAAUUGCAUUGAGGUCAGCGUAUUGUGGAGGCCAGGUCAUCUGAUGCAGCACUCCAUCACUCUCCUUCUUGGUAAAAUAGCCCUUACACAGCCUGGAGGUGUGUUGGGUCAUUGUCCUGUUGAAAAACAAAUGAUAGUCCCACUAAGCCCAAACCAGAUGGGAUGGCGUAUUGCUGCAUAAUGCUGUGGUAGCCAUGCUGGUUAAGUGUGCCUUGAAUUCUAAAUAAAUCACAGACAGUGUCACCAGCAAAGCACCCCCACACCCUCACACCUCCUCCUCCAUGCUUUACGGUGGGAACCACACAUGCAGAGAUCAUCCGUUCACCCACACUACGUCUCACAAAGACACGGCGGUUGGAACCAAAAAUCUCCAAUUUGGACUCCAGACCAAUGGACACAUUUCCACCAGUCUAAUGUCCAUUCCUCGUGUUUCUUGGCCCAAGCAGGUCUCUUCUUAUUAUUGGUGUCCUUUAGUAGUGGUUUCUUUGCAGCAAUUCAACCAUGAAGGCCUGAUUCAUACAGUCCCCCCUGAACAGUUGAUGUUGAGAUGUGUCUGUGACUUGAACUCUGUGAAGCAUUUAUUUGGGCUGCAAUUUCUGAGGCUGGUAACUCUAAUGAACUUAUUAUCUUUAGCAGAGGUAACUCUGGGACUUCCAUUCCUGUGGCGGUCCUCAUGAGAGCCAGUUUCAUCAUAGCGCUUGAUGGUUUUUGCGACUGCACUUGAAGAAAGUUCUUCAAAUGUUCCGUAUUGACUGACCUUCAUGUCUUAAAGUAAUGAUGGACUGUUGUUUCUCUUUGCUUAAUUGAGCUGUUCUUGCCAUAAUAUGGACUUGGUCUUUUACCAAAUAGUGUUAUAUAGUGUUUGACCCUAUGGGCCCUGGUCAAAAGUAGUGCACUAUGUAGAGAAUAGGGUGCCAUUUGAGAUGCACACUUGGAUAUGGUUGAAAUAACAGUGUUAUGGAGACUCAGUGCUACUAUAAAAGAUAGUUCUCAAGUCAAAUCAAACCUGACCGUUCAAACUCUGAGCCUCCUCAUUUCACAUAAUGCUGUUAUAAUUGUAAGGAUUAUGUGUGUUAGUUGUCAAAGGCAGAAAGAUUGCAGUCAGAGUGCAGUAUAACUGCAGUAUGCUGCAAAUACUGCGUCCAAAAAAGCAAUGUUUUUUUUACUGCUGUAAUUUUGUAGUGUAAUGUUGUAGAAAUAUUUGACUCAAAAAGUAGUCAACUACUAAAUAUAAAAUAUUUCUCAAGAGACUGGAACUUGUGAAUUUAGACUUUUAUUAUUUGCAUAACAAAGCCGAGCUUGCUCCAUGGAGCAACUGCUUACCCUGAACCGGAGUGCUCUUUUUAUACAGUCACACUGAUACAACUGAUAGUUACUCCUCCCUAUGUGAAUGAAUAACAUCUUUCAGUAUCACAUGAUGGCUACUCACGAGGGCUACUUGCGCUUCUCUAAGUGUGGCCUCUGUAUCCUAUUAGUGGCAUGACUCAAAAAAUUAUGUACAUACGUACGUUAAAGAACAAUCACACUCUGUAUUGACUAUAUUCACUAUCCAGGCAUGCAUCUGGAGUACAAAGUAUCAUUUUUUACAUUUUUUUUUUUUACAUUUUAUUCAUUUAGCUUAUCCAGAGCGACUUAUAGUUAGUGAAUACAUUUUUUUUUUAUACUGGCCCCCCGUGGGAAUCAAACCCACAACCCUGGCGUUGCAAACGCCAUGCUCUAUCAACUGAGCUACAUCCCUGCUGGCCAUUCCCUCCCCUACCCUGGACGACGCUGGGCCAAUUGUGCGCCGCCCAUGAGUCUCCCGGUCGCGGCCGGCUGCAACAGAGCCUGGAUUUGAACCAGGAUCUCUAGUGGCACAGUUAGCACUGCGAUGCAGUGCCUUAGACCACUGCGCCACUCAGGAGUAUCAAUCAUGUUCAUUCUGUUUUACCUUUAUCAUUUCACAACACAUUAUAAAACAUAUCAAUUUAUACUUAAACAUGGUUUAAACAUGUCAUCCAUAACCCAUUCUCAACCACAUACAUCUAAGCAUUUAUCAUUUACCAUCCUCCCUGGCCCUUGAGAUUAUGUGCAUGUGGCCAUGUGUCAGGUCAUAAGGUCAUAAGCACAAACAAAUGAUAACACUAGUUCCAUUGUUACUCCAAUCUCCACACAGCCAUCACGAGGAGUUGUAUCUCCAUCACAUGUCAUUGACAUACCCAGACCAGCUGCAGGGAGUUUAUGAAAAACACAUAAAUGUCUCUGCUCUGUAUUAACCCUUCAACUGGUUCUCAAUCCAUAAACAUUUUAAGGCAUGUAGGUGUUUAAUUCUACAACUUAUGUACUUGAAAAUCAUCUAUAUAUUUCCCCCCUUUGGGACUUUCUAAGUCCCAACCAAUAAAACAAAAGAUAACAUAAAAUGAGUGUAAGCAUGUGCAUAUACUUAUUCUUAGCCUUGCCAUCUGUGGUUACAUUUUAUAAGAAUAUAUAUUCAGACCAAUGUAUAUUCCUCAUUGUCUGACCCAUCCUGAUGAGGACAAGGAGCCCAGUCAGGUAUUGGUUACAAGUCUUGAAGGUUUCCCUCUAAGCUAACCUCCAAUUGUUGCUGUUGAGCUUUGUAACCAUUGCUCCCCUUUUUGUUUUGUUGUAUUUCCAAUAUACGUGGUAGUAUCCUAACACAUCAAAUAUAUAAGAAAUAAAUGCAACUUUUUUUAAAAACCAUAAUAUCUAGGACAUGUUAAGAAUGGUGUCAACAUCUUUAGCUUACAUAACCUUUUUUACCCAUAUCACAAUUAUUAUAACAAUCAAAGAAUCAAUAUCAAUAAUCUAAUCCUUUAAUUGCAAUUCACACCUGCUUCCGCUUUUUGUAGUCCACUUAUUUCUUCCUCCUAUCACAAAAACAAAAGAUUUAACCUAACCCAUAACACAUUGUUAUACUUCUAUUUUUCCUUAAUACACCUUGCAAUUUCCCCAAAAACCCUUUAAAAAAACAUUAAAACCUCUGUAAGCCCAACUUCCCCCUUGGACACAUGCAUCACAUCGUGAUUUCAUGUGUUCAAAUAAACAAAACAACAACAUAUUGCCUAAAAAACCCAAAAAAUAAUAACUAAACGGGAAAAUGACAACCCUUGAGCAUAUCUUUACUUAACUGAUCCCAUAACACUAUUCAGAAACCUCUCCUUCAGGACUAACUCUCUCACUUCAUCCUUGUCCUGUUUGGACUAAUAUAUAUAUAUAUAUAGGAUUUUGUCCAAAUUACAAAAACUUCUUCACAAUUAUCCUUAUUAUAUCCAACCCCCUAAUAAAGCAUGCCUCUAGAAUUUAUAGUGCGGGUGAUCAGGUCACACUAUAAAGCCAGGACAGAUUUCAGAGGUCAUUGAAAUCAUUCAAUUAAUUGUUUCAUCCAAUAGUAUACUACUCAUUAAUAACCAUCAAGACAUUUCAUAAAUGUUGUAUCCCGAGUGUACAGUAAGUCCUUAGUACAGCUCUUUUCAAAAUAAAUCACACAUAUUUACUUAUCCCUCAGUAAAUAAAACCCAAAUUACAUGUGUAUGCCCCUUUAAGAUAUUUCACUUCCAUCCCAUCAAAAAACCCAAAAUAGAAAUAAAAAUCCUAUACAGAAUAACAUUUCAUACUAAGUAGUUUGUUUGUGGUUAUUCGAACACCAUAUAGUAAAACAAUAAACAAACAAAAAAUGGCCAGGCCUUAUUUAUUUUGGUAGCUCCCUAUCACAACCUAAAAAUAAAACGACUUAAUUUUACUAACUAGUUCCACCCUAGCCUACAGACUUUUUAACAUCCCAAUGAGAUAUAAAGAAAUCCCCAUGUUCCUGGAAGAGAAAGUAUACAUGUCGUUAACAUAUAAUCAACAAUCCAAAGAUAGUAAUUACACACAAAACAUCAUACAUAUAUCCCCAGUCCUAUCUCAUCAACAAUCAUUAACCCCAGCAUCGAUUUAAAAUUGUUUGAUACGUCGUGUCCUACUUUACCCCUAACAUAAUAUUAUAGGAGACUCCCAUCAAUCCUUAAAAGAAACUCCCACUUAGAAGACACUAGAUAAUAACACGUUUUAUUAAGUUAACUACACCUUCCACUAUAAACCUAUAACCCCUUUUUAGUAAUUUAAACGUCGCAAACUGUUGCAUUGAUGUUUUUUUUUUAAAUAUAAACUUAUUGUUUCAUAAUCCAAAACCCAUAAAAAGAUGUCUACUUAAUCCAUCAGGCCAACAGCAACAACUACCUCCCAUCGUUCAACGUACUAUAAACAAAUUAUCGUUAUCUGAAGUAAUAAACCAUUGUCAUAACUCACUGCUGUUUAAACAAACUAUAUAAUGUCAUAAUAAAAUGAUCAAUUAUCAAAUAUCAUUCCUUAUUCAACUAUCGAGACAUGUUCUUCAUUAGUAAAUCGUCUCCACAAAGCAAUACUACCUAAUAACAUAUUCUCAUUCUCCUAAAUAUAAAUAAUUACUUCUAUUAAACAAUCCCAUUCAACAUCAAGUCAUCCUGCCUCAUCACCCAAUUAACUUAUUUUUUAAAACCCUCUACAAUAUCUAUCAUACUCUACCGCUAAUUUCCCUCAUAACGGUACCUCAACAGAUGACAAAUUAUUUUAUAUUUAUAGUAAAAACCAAUAAAACAUCCAAUUCACCAAUAUGCAAUUUUAAUUACUAUGUUAUCCUAUCUGACAUGGAUUGGUAGGACAACAUCUUUCCUAUAAUGUUAUCAAUGAAAACAGUAAUUCACAUCAAUGUAAAAGAUUUGCUUUCUGUCCCUUACUGGAUUUGAACCAGGGACCCUCUGCACACAUCGACAACAUUCACCAUCGAAGCACCGUUACCCGUCGCUCCACAAAUGCCACAGCCCCCGCAAAAGCAACUACUUCCAGUUCAUAGAGCAAGUGACGUCACCCAACGAAAACGCUCUCACCGCUAACUAGCUAGCAAUUUCCUGCCGAUAAUAUUCAACCUCCUACGACUUCCUACAAAAUACGCGAUCCUUGUACACCUAACUUAACCCAUAAUGUCCCUUAUAGCGCUCUCACGUUUCAGCAAGCCCCAAUGUUUAACACCCGCAGACAAAAAUGGAAAUUCUUCCAUUUUUACUAGCAGACCUAAUAAAACACACUUUCAAACAGCGUUCUGCAUUUACCUCUAUCAUAGGGUUUAAAAACGAACAUAACAACAUUAACCAUGCUAAUUUGCCGUAGUAACGUCAUGUUUGGUUCAGUUUAUCUAUUACCAUAUAAGACAUUCACUUCUCCAUGCGUCAUAAACUAUAUCCUAUUUCUCUUGUAAUCAACUAAAAUCAUAGCCACGCAAUUAAACCAUCACCCCGCCAUUACAGAAUGAAUGAGAUCUAUUAAACUAUCCUUUCUAAGUAAGCUACAAGUAACACCAAACACUUGCUGUAGUUUACCAUCAUAUAUUGAAAUCAUCCAUUUAUCACGAUCCAAUUUUUUUAUAGACAUAUUCCACCAUUGUCACUCGUUUAAUCUAGCAAAACCUUAUUCAAUGACUAAAAAAUUACUACCACGUACUCUCCAUACCCGUUAACAUUUUUACAUGUUAGUCAUUUAGCAGAUGCUCUUAUUCCAAGCGACGCACAAUUAGUGAGCUCAUACAUUUUUAUACUUAUACUAGCCCCCCUUGGGAAUCGCACACCCAACCCUGGCAUUGCAAGCACCGUGCUCUACCAACUGAGCUACAGAGGACCACAGAUGAGCGUAUAGUGCCUUUUUCUGAUAAUGUUAUAAUUGUAGCCUAUUGCAUUACUUUAGUUUAAAAUAUAAGUUUGUUUAUUCAACAAAUCUAGAACCCACUAUAAAUUGGUGCCAUUGCUUGCAUCCCCUGGUUCACGUAACGAAAAUACAUUAUCAUUCUAGAAUUCAACUAUUCACAUACAUCACUAGUGUCACGCAAACUAUAGAAUAAAGUAAUAACAAUUAGAAUGUGUCAAAUAAAUGUUUUCCCUCCAACUAUUCAAACUUGCUUCAAAUAUAUCUUUCAGCUCGAUACAGGCAAGCAAGUACGACUCUCUUUUACCCGGAAACUAGUUCAUGGCAUUAGUAAAGUCUAUUCACAUCCCAACAAUAACUAAUAAUAUAUUUAUAUUCAUAUUAUUAAAAGACCUUACUUUCAUUCCAGUCUACCUAAACAAUUCAAAUUAUGGCCAAAACUCUAUCCAAAUUGCCAGUCCGCUAUUCAAAUGUAUGUAACUGUCCUUUCUGAUUAGACUAUAGACACUCCCCCUUCUUUCCCGUUGAAUAAGUGAGUCCUUCAGUCUGAAAAGACGCAGGCUGCUAAAUCGUCCAGUCUUAUCCUGACUGUUCCGUCAAUCUAAACAACCCACAACCAUAGUUAAACUAUACUUAGAAAACCUAGACUCUGAUCAGCGAUGCAGAAUCUAUGCUUUAUUGAAAAGACAAGUUAAUCCUCCUUUAUUUCAAUGAUAAUGGUCAGUAGUUUUAGUAUCUGGCACAUACCACACUUUAUCAGAAAAUAGCUUUGAAGGACACAGAUCUCACACGCUCAACGUAAACAACUUAGCAGUCAACGAGUCAAACCCCACAUUCAUUGAUUUGGAAACAGAUCUAACGACCUAACCAAAUUAAUUAUAUUUUCCCCCUAAUAUACUAAAAUUCCUUGACUAUAUCACCUCUGCUUCUGAAAUAAUAGAUAGUUUAUUUUAAUGCUUAAUUCCACCACAUGCUCCAUGUACUUUAUCCCAUCCCCACGUACGUCUGUACGUGUUUGGGCGUGCAAGUCAACACCUAUAAUUUUAUCCAAUGACUUGUAAUAAAUUACACUCCCAUAAAAUUAAUUAUAUUCUAAUAUAUUCACAUCAACCAAACCAUUCAUGUUUCUAAUGAUUCUUUAUUGCCACAAAUCAGUUAAUCACAAUCUAGUCUCAGCGAACGAACAACAAAUUACCCUAAUCCUUCCCCUCAGUCAUAGAAUCCUCCCAGAAUCAUAUAUGCUGGUCACUAUUCCCUGAUCUUACAAAAUUCUAUGACAGGCAUUGUCUCCAAGAUAUCAUUUACAAGAAAAGCUUAUUAUUCCAACGUAUAUAUAAUUAUCAUACACACCUCUAUAUCUCAUCAUUCAAACUUCAGAGUGCGACUAAUUUACACCAUUAUACCACUCUUAUUCCAUAUUUAUACAAUGUUCUUCUCAAACGCGCUUAAUUACUAUUUGUAUAACCUACAGGAAUAUUUUAUUCUAUCAAAGGGCCCAAAUUUGGAAUGUUAACCCUAUCCUAGUUAUUAUUUUACUGUAGUCAAUUUAUCAUAAUACUACAUCACCUCUAAAGUUUCUAAAUAUAAUGUCAGAAACAUACCCUAAAAGAUUGAUCAAAAUAAAAUGCAUAGACGUCAUAUGAUCACACCGGUACACGUGACCUGUUCCUCCAACAGGUUUUAUUCUACCCCUCCUGGUAACGUGAAUUUUCUACACUCAGUUGGUCAAUGAAUAUCCACGCACCAUUCACUCUUCCUCUCUUGGUGUGAGACCGGGUGCGUCCUUCCUACCAGGUUAUACUCAAACAACGGUCCAGGAAAGGUGCGCCAACCAUUCUCCACCAAACACCGACACUUCAAACGACCUCAAACACAGCUUCUCUCCUCAACACAGAAAAUAAGCUGUUAUCUGCAGGAUUUCUUAUUAUUCUCAUUCAUACAGAUGAGUAGCCACUUGUGCCCAAAUGAAUCAGACAGUUGAAUGACUCACAGCCGCCCAAGCAAACCACUCACCCACACAAGAUGAGCAGACCUACUCUAUUUAACACUUUCUCUAUAUUUUGAAGCCCUUGUGGCUAUUUAACCCGUUCACCUACUCAGGAUGACCAGUGUUACUAAAAUGUAUGCUGUCACCUACGCCGGAUGACCUAACUUUUUUACCUGAUCGACCCUGCCUAACUUUGGCAUCACCACAACACAGGAUGAUGCCCCACCUACCCGAGCAGACCUCUAACAAUGAAUUCCUCAUUAGAGAGGUAACCGUAGGUCCCAAAUUUAGCUAGCCACCUGCCCGUUCAGCCCUCUGGAGCGCUAAUUUUUAGCUCUCCAAAGCGGUAUCCACAGGAUUUCUAUUUAUUUAGCCCCCUAGGUGAUACACUUCCUCCACACACCUGGACUUCUACUACGCUUUCCUAAGCGACCAGUAAAUUCUGCCCUUUCUUUCUGAUACACUUCACAGAAAAAGAAGCGGUAUUGCACAGGAUUUCUGCCUACCUAAGCAGCCUAUAAAUGAUACACUUCCUCGACACGUUUAUAGCGGUAUUCGCAGGACUUAACAUGUUAUUGUCUGAUCGCUCAACCAGAUGGACAACCGCCCGUGCCGAAAUGACCCAGAGAAAGCGAUCAGCAGGAUGAAUCAAAUGAAUCAAAUCAAUUGAACAGACGGUUCAGACGAACAACAGAGUGACAUCGACAUGUAUUCUUAAAUUCAAAAGCUCCUAGUCUCUAAUUUUCUGGUUCUUAAAUUUGGAGAGACCUACUUGGUAUUUCUGCAGCUGAUGCCGUGCCCCGGAUCGGACCACACAAACGUUAUACUAUAUAAGUAAGAACUUGGCUUACCUGUUAAAAGCGGCCGCUUUUGUUUGUAUGGUCCGUCCAAGCCGUUUCACCGUCUCUGGCCCCUGUUGUCAACUCCUGGCAAGCUCGCCAAAUAUGUCGUAGAAAUAUUUGACUCAAAAAGUAGUCAACUACUAAAUAUAAAAUAUUUCUCAAGAGACUGGAACUUGUGAAUUUAGACUUUUAUUAUUUGCAUAACAAAGCCGAGCUUGCUCCAUGGAGCAACUGCUUGCCCUGAACCGGAGCGCUCUUUUUAUACAGUCACACUGAUACAACUGAUAGUUACUCCUCCCUAUGUGAAUGAAUAACAUCUUUCAGUAUCACAUGUUGGCUACUCACGAGGGCUACUUGCGCUUCUCUAAGUGGGGCCUCUGUAUCCUAUUAGUGGCAUGGCUCAAAAAAUUAUGUACAUACGUACGUUAAAGAACAAUCACAUUCUGUAUUGACUAUAUUCACUAUCCAGGCAUGCAUCUGGAGUACAAAGUAUCAAUCAUGUUCAUUCUGUUUUACCUUUAUCAUUUCAUAACACAUUAUAAAACAUAUCAAUUAAUACUUAAACAUGGUUUAAACAUGUCAUCCAUAACCCAUUCUCAACCACAUACAUCUAAGCAUUUAUCAUUUACCAUCCUCCCUGGCCCUUGAGAUUAUGUGCAUGUGGCCAUGUGUCAGGUCAUAAGGUCAUAAGCACAAACAAAUGAUAACACUAGUUCCAUUGUUACUCCAAUCUCCACACAACCAUCACGAGGAGUUGUAUCUCCAUCACAUGUCAUUGACAUACCCAGACCAGCUGCAGGGAGUUUAUGAAAAACACAUAAAUGUCUCUGCUCUGUAUUAACCCUUCAACUGGUUCUCAAUCCAUAAACAUUUUAAGGCAUAUAGGUGUUUAAUUCUACAACAUAUGUACUUGAAAAUCAUCUAUAGUAGCUGCAGUUACAGAGCAUUAUAGCUGCAGCUCAACUGCAGGACACUGCAGUUAUUCUUCAAUUACUUAUUCUUCAAUUACUGCGUGCAAAAUACCACAGUCGACUGCAGUUACUGCACUUUUACUGCAGUUUCAAAACUGCAAUCUUUUUUUUGUAAGGGAAAAGGCACCCUUUUGGUCCAGGUCAAGUAGUGCACUAUACAGAACCAGUCAAAAGUUUGGACACACCUACUCAUUCCAGGGUUUUUCUUUAUUUUUACUAUUUUCUACAUUGUAGAAUAAUAGUGAAGACUUCAACACUAUGAAAUAACACAUAUGGAAUCAUGUAGUAACCAAAAAAGUGUUAAGCAAAUGAAAAUAUAUUUUAUAUUUGACAUUUUUAAAAAUAGCCACCGUUUGCCUUGAUGACAGCUUUGUGCACUCUUGGCAUUCUCUCAACCAGCUUCAUGAGAUAGUCACCUGGAAUGCAUUUCAAUUAACAGGUGUGCCUUGUUAAAAGUUAAUUUGUAGAAUUUCUUUCCUUCUUAAUGCGUUUGAGCCAAUCAGUUGUGUUGUGACAAGGUAGGGGUGGUACUGUAUACAGAAGAUAGCCCUACUUGGUAAAAGACCAAGUCCACAUUAUGGCAAGAACAGCUCAAAUAAGUGCUUCACCAAGUUCAAGUAACAGACACAUCUCAACAUCAACUGUUCAGAGGAGACUGCGUGAAUCAGGCCUUCAUGGUCGAAUUGCUGCAAAGAAACCACUACUAAAGGACACCAAUAAUAAGAAGAGACUUGCUUUGGCCAAGAAACACGAGCAAUGGACAUUAGCCCUAGGACCCUGCCUCAGGACUACCUGGCCUGAUGACUCCUUGCUGUCCCCAGUCCACCUGGUUGUGCUGCUGCUCCAGGUUCAACUCUUCUGCCUGCGGCUAUGGAACCCUGACCUGUUCACCGGAUGUGCAACCUUGUCCCUGACCUGCUGUUUUCAACUCUCUCUCUCUACCGCACCUGCUACUUCAACAUCUAAAUGCCCGACAAUGAAAAGCCAAGUGACAUAUACUCCUGAUGUACUGACCUGUUGCAACCUCUACAACCACUGUGAUUAUUAUUUGACCCUACUGGUCAUCUAUGAACGUAUGAACAUCUUGGAGAAAAAUCUGUCCUUAAUGGCCAUGUGCUGUUAUCUCCACCCAGCACAGCCAGAAGGGGACUGGCCAUCCCUCAGAGCCUGGUUCCUAUCUAGGUUUCUUCCUAGGAUUCUGCCUUUCUAGGGAGUUUUUCCUAGCCACUGUGCUUCUACAUCUGCAUUGCUUGCUGUUUGGGGUUUUAGGCUAGGUUUCUGUGUAGCACUUUGUGACAUCUGCUGAUGUAAAAAGGGCUUUAUAAAUACAUUUGAUUGAUUGAUUGGAAAUCUGUCCUUUGUGAUUUUUGGUGCCAACAGCCGUGUCUUUGUGAGACCCAGAGUAGGUGAACGGAUGAUCUCUGCAUGUGUGGUUCCCACCGUAAAGCAUGGAGGAGGAGGUGUGAGGGUGUGGGGGUGUGGGGGUGCUUUGCUGGUGCUCUGUGAUUUAUUUAGAAUUCAAGGCACACUUAACCAGCAUGGCUACCACAGUUCUGCAGCGAUACGCCAUCCAAUCUGGUUUGCGCUUAGUGGGACUAUCAUUUGUUUUUCAACAGGACAAUAACCCAACACACCUCCAGGCUGUGUAAGGGCUAAUUGACCAAGAAGGAGUGUGAUGGAGUGCUGCAUCAGAUGACCUGGCCUCCACAAUCACCCGACCUCAACCCAAUUGAGAUGGUUUGGGAUGAGUUGGACCGCAGAGUGAAGGAAAAGCAGCCAACAAGUGCUCAGCAUAUGUGGGAACUCCUUCAAGACUGUUGGAAAAGCAUUCCAGGUGAAGCUGGUUGAGAGAAUGCCAAGAGUGUGCAAAGAUGUCAUCAAGGCAAAGGGUGGCUACUUUGAAGAAUCUAAAAUCUAAAAUAUAUAUUUUGAUUUGUUUGGUUACUACAUGAUUCCAUAUAUGUUAUUUCAAAGUUUUGAUGUCUUCACUAUUAUUAUACAAAGUAGAAAGUAGUAAAAAUAAAGAAAAACCCUUGAAUGAGUAGGUGUGUCCAAACAUUUGACUGGUACUGUACAUGGAAUAGGGUGCCAUUUGGUAUGCACCCCUGGACAUGGUUGAGAUAACAGUGUUAUGGAGACACAGUGCUACUAGGAAGACAGUUCUCAUGUCAAACCAAAUACGGAUUAGUUGAAUUUUUUACUCUUGUCAAAUACUAUCUUAUUUCAAUUUAAUUAAAAGAGCACUGUUUGAACCAACAUUUGAUUGACAUACAACUGUUUUUGUCUUUAUCUCAUCAGCACAGUUACUCAUUCAGCUUCUCUACUUUUGUUUCUGUUUUAGUUUAACUUCGUGGGCAAACUGCUGGGUCCACGCGGGAACUCACUAAAGAGACUACAGGAAGACACGCUCACUAAGAUGUCCAUUCUGGGGAAAGGAUCAAUGAGAGACAAAGAAAAGGUAACAGCCACGUCAUUCUAUCCUUCUCUCUAACAGUCAAACAUCUCUCUCUCUCUCCCUCUCUAUCUAGUAAAACCUCUUCUCUUUCUCUUCCUCUCUGUCUCUCUAUCUCGCUGUUGUUUGUGUCAGGUAAAUUGAGGCAGACACCCUCAGUGUAAAGGCAUCAAUAACCAUCUGAGUUAUUGUGGAUGUGUUCUGUCUUGUUGUGUCUGUGACAGUCUUUCUCCGUCAGUCAGUUUGUCGUCAUGGGUGAUUUGUGACAUCGAUGAUCUUCAGUGUCAUACAGCAACAUUCCGUUAGAUUGUUGUGAUCAAUUCUCUCUGACGGCACAACUUUGGAACACCUGCUGAACAGAUCUGUUAUGGAGUUGUGCUGAGCUCAUCAGACUCAGCAGGUUUCAAACACACAUGCACGCACGCGCACACACAGCUCACACACACAGCUCGGCAUGCUUCACACACCUCCUCCACUACCUCACCAGGGAGAUCUGUGAUCUGUGAUUGACAGCUUGCUCCAGAUCCAGCAUGCACCUUUCCGUUCAUCGUUUCAGAAAAUGAUGUGCCCUGAAAAGCACAUUUUGUGCUGUUUGCUUGCAGUGAGAGGUGUGUAUUAUACAUGAAGUUUUCUAGCAUGAAGAGGCGUAAUUCUAAUUGUAUGGAUACAGCUGUGUUCUUAUAGCUGCCUCCCUGCAAGCCAGUUACAGAUGGAUAAAAGCUCAGCCUCAGUGUAUGCUUUAUUGCUAUGCAUAGAAUUCUCAUAGAAUUCCUCUAAUAUCUACCCAAGAUUGUCAUCGUCAGUUACACAGAGGAGUGUCAAUGAAAGGAUCAAAGGAAGGCCACAUGUCACAACUUCGGCCAAGGCUGCCUCCCCUCCUUGUUCGGGCAGGCUUCGGCGUUCGUGGUCACCGGAGUACUAACCACUGCCGCCCCAAUCAUCAUCACAAUUGUCUUGUCUUGUCAUUCACACACACCUGGUUCUAUUUCCCCUAAUUAGUCCAUGUAUAAGUGUUCCCUCUGCCCCCUUGUCCUUGUGGGUGAUUGUUUGUUGUGGAGGUUAGUGAAGCUCGGUGGAGCUCGUGUAUUUUGUAUCGAUGGGAGUAUUUUCCCAUGUGCCUUGUAUUUUUUAGUGCACCUGUUUUGUGCCCUGGUGUGUUUGACGCAUUUCUGCGUAAACCUGUAUUUUUCGGAUUAAAGCCUGUUUCUGUGAUUUACCCUCCUGCGCCUGACUCCUUCAACACCACCUUAUCACACCACAGCAGCAACAGGCUGUAUCAGGCUUCUCUCUUCUCCUUCUCCCUUCUCCUCCUCUGCUUCUGAGUGUGGAGCCAAUGGCACCCCUGACAUCCCUGCACUGUCACCAUAGACUCUUAUAGCCAAUAUGAUAUAGAACCAUUCAGAGUCUCUGUCCUGUAGUUGCUUUAUUGUACAUUCCUUGGGCUGGGUGAUGUUUAGGGAGGCGUAUGCUUCUGGGUUCAAGGUUGGUGUUAUGGAAACGAAGGCUAGUGGAGCUUAAAAUGGAUGAUGAAAUGACAUCUAGUUGUUGACUUGGGCGUCCUUGUCGUCUGUCAGUCCUCGCAGUCUGCAAGAAGUCACUACUAUACACUGCAUCCAUGUUGUUGCUGUUGCGGCAUCCUCCUAUUAUUCAGAAUGCAUAACAAGGUGUCACCUGCAACAACUAACAGCCCUCAUACGUUUCAUUCUCUGAACCAAACUGUCUUUCCAAUGGAGUUCCUAUGGACUCUCAUGCUGUUGUCUCAGGCUUUGUGCCUCUUUGUGCCUCGGUUUCUGGGAAGAGAAUGGCUGUUUGAUAACCAGAUUUGCAGUGAGGAAUAUAAACAGAUUCUCUAUGAGGAAUAUCAACAGAGGGGAGAUGCUUGGAUGAGAUAGAGGAGGUGACAGCUGUAAUCUCCUGCCAUGGGCUGCUGAGCACCUAUAAGAAGACAGUGUGUAUGUAUGUGUGUGUGUCAUUGAUGUAUCUUAUCAGAGCUAUGUGAGGGGCCACAAACACACACACACACACACACACACACACACACACACACACACACACACACACACACACACACACACACACACACACACACACAGUCUUCCUAUAGGUGCUCAGCAGCCCAUGGUGACGCCGGCAGCUCCAUCAGUAGAGGCAGACAGUAUACACAGAGGAGCCUCUUCCUCGUAAAACACAGAUUUAUGAGGGAAAUUAGCAUCUCAUUAACAUACCACAGGCUUAAAACCAGGUUAUUUAUAAUCACAUGACAUCACAUCAGAGACUGCCUUCUAGAGGAGGGAAGUGUGUGUGAGUGUGAGCGUGUGAGUGAGAGGGAGAGUAUGAGUAUGAGUGUGAGUGUGAUUGUGUGAUUGUGUGUGUAUGUGUGUUGCAUGAUGCCACUGGAGGAGGGAGGAAGGAAGUUCUCAAUAGCUAGCAGCGUAGAGGCACGCCACUAGAGAAGAGCUGAGCAGGGUUUUGUUCAGAUGAGGAAACUGGGGUGUCUAUACAACUCAUGUUGUUGUCUGUGCUGUAGUUUUACUUAGGGUUUGGCUGUCCUAUUUUGGCCCUUCAAUAACAUAUUGGCCUCUUUCUGUCUGGAUGAGAUGGUCCAUUCGGAUCUAUUGUCACGAUCGUCAGGAACAGAUGAGGACCAAGGCGCAGCGUUGCAGGCAAACAUACUCAUUUAUUAAGCGAAACGAUAUCAAAACAACAAAAGACGGAAACGUGACAGUACACGGUAUAACACAACCAACUCGAAACAAGAACCCACAAAACCAAAGGAAAAACCGACAGAUUAAAUAUGGCUCCCAAUCAGAGACAACCAGCAAACAGCUGACACUCGUUGCCUCUGAUUGGGAGUCACUCAGGCCAACAUAGAAAUAGGGAACAUAGAUCUACACACCCUGGCUCAACAUAACAGUGUCCCCAGAGCCAGGGUGUGACAUCUAUGUUGGUCUAUCACCUUUUUACAAUAUACUGUAAUGUAUUACAUACUGUAUAGAGCGGUGCACUCCUUUGUGGCAUUGAAGGUCUGAUCAGUAUUGUGGUUUUAUUAUAUUUAGGGCUGUCAAACAAUAUGAAAAAUGUAAUAAAGUUAAUCGCAGGAUUUGCUGUGUUUAAUCGCGAUUAACUGCAAAUUCAGAAUUUGCUCAAAUUGAGCUGAAGUUUCAGACUUUUUAUACAAAAAGUAUUACAAGAAUAUUGACGUCUUGAUUUUGUCCAAAGUAACAGUUAGCAAAAUCUGGUAAAGUGAUAAAGCACACUUUCUUUAACCUCAAUGUCAACUUGUUUUGACGUCCCGCUGUUGUUUUUAUCUGUAUAGAUUGUUUGGAUUUUUCAGUGUAUUCUGAAUGCUUUCAGACAUGCGAUUAAUCACAAUAAAAAACAUAACUUAAAUUGCAAAAAGUGAACUAGAGUUAACUGAUUUACUCUGACAGCCCUAAUUAUAGUAAGUAUAAAUUGAAUAAUCCAGUCAAACAGAUUAGCUGGAUCAGUCUUGCUGAUCCUGUGUGGAUUAAAUGAACUGUGAGGAGUAACUGAGGGGACUAUAAUAGAGUUAAAGCACAUUGUGACAACUUCUGGUGUAAAAAGGGCUUUAUAAAUACAUUUGAUUUAUUUUUGUUCCACCAGGAGGAAGAGCUACGGAAGAGUGGAGAGGCCAAAUAUCAGCACCUGAACGAGGACCUCCAUGUCCUCAUAGAAGUGUUCGCUCCCCCUGCAGAGGCCUACAACAGGAUGGGUCACGCACUGGAGGAGAUCAAGAAAUUCCUCAUACCAGUACGUGCUGACACCUACAUACUCAUUACUCUUAUCCUGUUCUCUUUACAUUUGAUCCAACAUAUGAAUACAAUAUAACAGCUAGCUAGUCAACCAAUCAAAUGUAUUUAUAAAGCCUUUUUUACCUCAGCAGAUGUCACAAAGUGCUGUACAGAAACCCAGCCUAAAACCCCAAACAGCAAGCAAUGCAGAUGUAGAAGUAGAAGCUACUGAUUUAACAUCGGCUACCCUGCUUCUUCUGUGCAACAUAUGAUUAUACUCUGUGCCUGUGUCCACAUUGAACACCCAGAUAGUACAGUAAAGGUUAUACAGGAAGUAACAAGUGGCAGAAGUCUGGUCCAGUCCAGCCACAAUCCAUCUGCGUGUACUGUAUCAGUCAGCCAGCUGAAGCAGUUGAACCAGUAUCCCACUCUGUCUGAUUGGAUGCACGUCCCUCUGAGGGAAGGGAAGUCAUGGGGAUAACUGACUAAGCUGAAUAAGAGAGUAACACAGUCAGACAGGAACCACUCAGCACAGCCUAUCCCUCUCUGGGACUCCCAUACAUCACGUUUAUUUACUCAUACUCCAUUUAUUAUGGAUGACCGAUCUAUCCCAUGCUAUUAUGGAAGAAUAGUAUGAUCUCUCCAUCCCAUAUUAAUGUGUAUGAUCUUUCCAGUCUCACUUUUAAUUUCCCUCACAAAUACACAGCGAUGUGUUGAUAUGGAGGAGACACAAGACAAUCGUCACCAUGGCAUUAUGAUUAAACGCUGAUUUCCAUAUUAAUUGCUACGUUCCAUUGAGCGGUGAAGACAACUGUGUGUGAUGAUAAAGCACACACGCACGCACACAAACAGAGAAAGACGACUGUGUGUGACGAUAAAAAGCCAAAUGGGGUUCCUGGGUUUUAUCAACGGGGGAUCAGGAGUGUAUUGCUUUGCCUGAGGAGCAGCGGUCACGGCAGCAUCAUGAAACGCAUGAGCGCAUGAACACGCACACACACGCACACACACGCACACACACACACACACACACACACACACACACACACACACACACACACACACACACACACACACACACACACACACACACACACACACACACACACACACACACACACAGUGGUUGGUCACGGCAGCACUGUAAAGUACAUUAAUUAGAUAUUCCUACAGGGCUGUAACCCUGGAGAUAAAGGACGUAAUUUAAUACGCUGUAAUUAAAAGGGUGUUUGUGUGUGUGUGUGUGUGUGUGUGUGUGUGUGUGUGUGUGUGUGUGUGUGUGUGUGUGUGUGUGUGUGUGCAGGAUUACAAUGAUGAGAUCCGACAGGCGCAGCUGCAGGAGCUGACGUACCUGAAUGGUGGCUCGGAGGAUGCCAAGGUGCCAGCGGUGAGGGGCAAGCUGCCCGCAGCACGGGGUAGAGGGACACCUGCCCCAGGACACAUCAGGUACCAGUUAUUCCCAUAACUGAAAAAAUAUAUAUGUGUCUGCGUUUUAGUACAUUCAAUUCAAAACUCUGCUUUAUAAUGCCGAUGAGGGGAAACAAGAUAUCUGGAAAAUAUACCAUCAGACCCAAACGAUACACAAUACAACUUUAAGAACUAUUGAAAUUCAAAUAAGUGUUUGUAUGCAACUGUCCUGGUGUAUUGUCUUUAAGAUGUAACUCCCCAGAUAACUUGGAAUAAUACUAAAAUAGUCAUUUCCAUUAUAAUAUUUUAUAGUACGCACGUUAUGUGGCUCUUAAGCUUUCUAUCUACAUUUUCAAAUGAAAUGCAACGUAUGUUUGUGUUUAUAAAAGCAAACAUCUUUCUGCAUCAGAUGAAGAGAUAAACCAGGUCACAGAGAAGGGAUGUGUGUGUGUUAGUGUGUUUGUUUGUGUGUAUGUAUUGCUCUGAGAGGGAUUAUAAUUGGAUCUGUUUUAAAUUAGACAGUAAAUAGCAUUUAGCGUGCCUAAUGUCAGUGAGAGAAAAAAUAACUACCACAGGCAGUGUGGUGUACAGUAAGUCAGAUGUACAGUGGGGGAAAAAACUAUUUAGUCAGCCACCAAUUGUGCAAGUUCUCCUACUUAAAAAGAUGAGAGAGGCCUGUAAUUUUCAUCAUAGGUACACGUCAACUAGGACAGACAAAUUGAGAUUUUUCUUGUCCAGAAAAUCACAUUGUAGGAUUUUUAAUGAAUUUAUUUGCAAAUUAUGGUGGAAAAAAAGUAUUUGGUCACCUACAAACAAGCAAGAUUUCUGGCUCUCACAGACCUGUAACUUCUUUUUUAAGAGGCUCCUCUGUCCUCCACUCGUUACCUGUAUUAAUGGCACCUGUUUGAACUUGUUAUCAGUAUAAAAGACACCUGUCCACAACCUCAAACAGUCACACUCCAAACUCCACUAUGGCCAAGACCAAAGAGCUGUCAAAGGACACCAGAAACAAAAUUGUAGACCUGCACCAGGCUGGGAAGACUGAAUCUGCAAUAGGUAAGCAGCUUGGUUUGAAGAAAUCAACUGUGGGAGCAAUUAUUAGGAAAUGGAAGACUUACAAGACCACUGAUAAUCUCCCUCGAUAUGGGGCUCCACGCAAGAUCUCACCCCGUGGGGUCAAAAUGAUCACAAGAACGGUGAGCAAAAAUCCCAGAACCACACGGGGGGACCUAGUGAAUGACCUGCAGAGAGCUGGGACCAAAGUAACAAAGCCUACCAUCAGUAACACACUACGCCGCCAGGGACUCAAAUCCUGCAGUGCCAGACGUGUCCCCCUGCUUAAGCCAGUACAUGUCCAGGCCCGUCUGAAGUUUGCUAGAGUGCAUUUGGAUGAUCCAGAAGAGGAUUGGGAGAAUGUCAUAUGGUCAGAUGAAACCAAAAUAGAACUUUUUGGUAAAAACUCAACUCGUCGUGUUUGGAGGACAAAGAAUGCUGAGUUGCAUCCAAAGAACACCAUACCUACUGUGAAGCAUGGGGGUGGAAACAUCAUGCUUUGGGGCUGUUUUUCUGCAAAGGGACCAGGACGACUGAUCCGUGUAAAGGAAAGAAUGAAUGGGGCCAUGUAUCGUGAGAUUUUGAGUGAAAACCUCCUUCCAUCAGCAAGGGCAUUGAAGAUGAAACGUGGCUGGGUCUUUCAGCAUGACAAUGAUCCCAAACACACCGCCCGGGCAACGAAGGAGUGGCUUCGUAAGAAGCAUUUCAAGGUCCUGGAGUGGCCUAGCCAGUCUCCAGAUCUCAACCCCAUAGAAAAUCUUUGGAGGGAGUUGAAAGUCUGUGUUGCCCAGCGACAACCCCUAAACAUCACUGCUCUAGAGGAGAUCUGCAUGGAGGAAUGGGCCAAAAUACCAGCAACAGUGUGUGAAAACCUUGUGAAGACUUACAGAAAACGUUUGACCUGUGUCAUUGCCAACAAAGGGUAUAUAACAAAGUAUUGAGAAACUUUUGUUAUUGACCAAAUACUUAUUUUCCACCAUAAUUUGCAAAUAAAUUCAUUACAAAUCGUACAAUAUGAUUUUCUGGAAAUUUUUUCCUCAUUUUGUCUGUCAUAGUUGACGUGUACCUAUGAUGAAAAAAAAAUAUAUCUUUUUAAGUGGGCGAACUUGCACAAUUGGUGGCUGACUAAAAUACUUUUUUUCCCCACUGUAUAAACCAUAUACUCACUAACAGUAAUGGGAUUAUGUCUGAAUUGCAGAGGUAUCUUGCUGACAGUCUAUUGGUCCACUUAAGCCAUAGGGCUCUGGUCAAAAACAGUGCAUAUGUAGGCUGCCAUUUGAGAUGCUGCCUAAAAUUCUCCCCUGCUUAUCCUGUGUGGUAGGAGUCGAGGAGGUGUGCCCCCUCCCCACGCAGCUGUCCCCCGUGGAGCAGCACCGAGAGGGGCACCCCCCAUUCGGGUACCAUCGGCCCGAGGGAGGGGUGUGCCAGCACAAAGAACACGAGGGGCUCCCCCGCCCGCGGGGUACAGACCACCACCACCCAUAGUACAGGACACAUAUGGGGAA